AUGGACCUCAAAGUGGUCUCUGUGCUCUCCGUCAUCCUCUUCGUAGCCCUCAGCAGCUUGGCAGAGGGAAAGACAGUACCAACGAGAUGCCAGUGUAAAGUAGCCCCCAGGGAGAGGAGGAACUGUGGCUACCCAGGAAUCUCAGCGAUGGAAUGCAAGAAAGCUGGAUGCUGCUUCAACGCUUCAGUCCCUGGCAUGCCCUGGUGCUUUGUUCCUAAACCAAAGAAAGUUAGGAAAUUUUGUCCCACUGAUCCUCACGCCAGGAGAGACUGUGGCUUCCCCGGCAUCACGGCUAAGGAGUGUGAAAGGAAGGGCUGCUGCUUCAGGGCACGUCCCGCUGGUGUCCCCUGGUGCUUCUACCACCGCGUGGUGGAGGAAGAUCUCUCCAUUGGACCUGUGCCAGUGAGGCAGGCACAGGUUUGUGGUCCUGCUGGGCUUCCUCCACCGCAAGUGUAA